AUGGCGCGGGGAAAGGCGUUUGGGGCUGCGCUUAGCACCCAGCAAGCACUCGGUGAGGGGGCUGUGGCUCUUGUACCCCAUCCAGCAGGGACACUGUGCCUGCUUGUCGCUGUGGUCACAGAGGUUCCAGAGACCAGAGACCCGCUGAAAGCCACAGGGCACCUCGUGGCUGAGCCAGGAUUCAGGCGUUGGCAGGUGGGAGCCACGUCUCAGCCGGCCUGUGCCUCCAUAGCAGCUGCGGGGAACCCAGUGCCCGAGAGCAAGGGGAAGGGGGCCCCGCCGGCCCCAGCAUCCGUGCCCAUGCCCACCGCCAAAGUGGGGCACCUGGCCCCUGGGAGCUACCGGCUGGUGGUCCUUGAGCAGGAGAACUUCCAGGGCCACCGGGUGGAAUUCUCCGGGCAGUGCUUGAACCUGGGAGACCGCGGCUUUGACCGAGUGCGCAGCCUCAUCGCCACCUCUGGACCCUGGGUCACCUUUGCAUCCGACUUCCAAGGGGAGAUGUUUGUCCUGGAGAAGGGCCAGUACCCGCACUGGGACACCUGGCCCAGCAGCUACCGCAGCGACCAGCUCAUGUCCUUCCGACCCAUCAGGAUGGACUCCCAGGAGCACAAGAUCGGCCUGUUUGAAGGCGCCAACUUCAAGGGCAACACCGUGGAGAUCCAGGAGGACAACGUGCCCCGUCUCUGGGUCCAUGGCCUCCGUGGCUGCGUGGGCAGUGCGAGGGUGUCCAGUGGAACCUGGGUAGGGUAUCAGUAUCCCGGCUACCGCAGGGACCAGUACCUCCUGGAGCCUGUUGACUUCCGGCACUGGAAUGAAUGGUGAGCCUUCCAACCUCAGAUGCAGGCUGUGCGCCGCCUUCGGGACAGGCAGUGGCAUCACGAGGGCUGCUUCCCUGUCCUGGCUGCGCAGCCCCCCAAGUGA